UGUAUUGAAACUUGUCUAUCACAAUAAAGAGGUGAUAUGAUUCCUGAGUUGUGAAGCCUUUUUCUUUAGCUUUUGUUGGUGUUUUUUUUUUCCUUUGCUGAUGAUUACGUUAGCAGAAGGUCUGGCUAAUUAGUUCCAGUUGGUGUUUGCCUAAAGGAGAUUCAAUCUGGGAUGGAAUUAGCUGCCAGCACCAUUCGCAAAUUAAGACAGGUCAGAAGCAGGAGCAGAUUGUAUACAGUAGCAGCCCCUUCUCAUCAUCCUAUUAGCAACAUCUACACAUCCACCAGCCAAAUCCCUAUCUGCAAUAUGGAAUCUACCCCUGCACAACGAACCGAUAUUCCCCUAACACAAAGUCAAACACAAAAUGGGCAACAAGCAGCAACGGGAGAUAAUUUGUCUGUUCCACAGAAAUCAAAAUACCUCACAGUCACUCAGUAUCUCCCUGGACCUUAUCCUCAUCAAGGCAACAUCAAUGGGGCGUUUGAUUCAUCCUGUCUUGAUGGCCACAAUAACUCAGUUGUGAACAAUUAUGUGGAAGGCAACCAGCCCAUUGAACAUAGAGGCAUGUAUUUUGGGGAUGGUAAAAGGAAAGUGGACUAUGUUCUUGUAUAUCAUUACAGACAUAAUUCCACCCAUCACAAUGGAUCCCCUGUUAAUAACAGACCUCCAGCAGUUAUUGUUUCUAAUGGGAAUUCUGUGACACCAGAAGAAAUUGGGAAAACCCCCCCAGAUCAACCACUGCCAGGGGAAUUACAGAAUCAAAACCACCAGAAACAGAAAGAUGGUAGUCAACAGAAGAAUCAAAACCUAGAUCACUCACAUUCUGGCAAUGGAAAUCAGCCACAUCAUCCGCAGGAUGUGGUUGUGGUAGAGAUGAGCCAUCAGGAUGCCUUGGAAGAUGAAAAGAAGUGUCAGAGGGAUGAGUAUGAGCGAAGCCUUGUGGAAGCUGGUCUGGAGUUAGAAAAAGAUCCAGAGAAUAAGAACCAAGGACUGAAUUUUGUACGGAUUCAUGCACCUUGGCAUGUACUAAGUCGAGAGGCAGAAUUCCUCAAAAUAAAGGUUCCCACCAAAAAGAUGUAUGAAGUUAAGCAAGGAAAUGGCAUCAUGGUGAAAAUGUAUGCAAUAUGGAACAAAUUUACAAAGCCUUUACAGCCCAAUGUGCCACAACAACGUGAAAAUACAAAGUCAAAACAUUUAUCAUAUCCUUUUUCAAGAGAAAAAAUGCAUUUGUACAACAUUAAAGACAAGGAUACAUUCUUUGACAAUGCAACGCGCAGUCGAAUAGUAUAUGAGAUUUUAAAGAGGACGUCUUGUGUAAAGGCCAAAUACAGUAUGGGUAUUACAACAUUAAUAGCAAACAAUGUCUACGAGUCAGCAUAUCCUCUUCAUGACGGAGACUAUGAACACAACAAGGGUGAAAUGAAUGAAAGAAAGUUGUUACAUCGAGAAUGGGCAAGAUACGGAGCAUUUUACAAAUAUCAGCCUAUUGAUCUUAUAAGAAAGUAUUUUGGAGAAAAAAUUGGAUUAUAUUUUGCGUGGCUAGGUUUAUAUACAUGGCUACUAAUUCCUGCGUCCCUAGUUGGCAUAAUAGUCUUCCUUUAUGGCUGUAUAACCAUUGAAGCCGAUAUUCCUAGUAAGGAACUCUGUGACCAACAACAGUCUUUCACAAUGUGUCCACUCUGUGACAAAUCAUGCGACUACUGGAAUCUCAGCUCUGCUUGUGGAACAGCGAGAGCCAGUCACCUUUUUGACAACCCUGCCACAGUGUUCUUCUCUGUGUUUAUGGCCCUUUGGGCUACAUUAUUUCUUGAACAUUGGAAGAGAUUACAAAUGAGAUUGAGCUACUUCUGGGACCUUACAGGCUUGGAAGAAGAAGAAGAGCGUAUAAAGGAACAUCCAAGACCAGAAUAUCAAACCAAAUUGCUUUUAAUGAGAGAAAAAGAUAACAGCAAUGGCAAGAAUGUGAAUAAAAAGGAGAAACUGACAUGGAGAGACCGUAUUCCUGCAUAUUUAGUCAACUUUGGGGCCGUAUUAUUUAUGAUGGCACUGACAUUUUCAGCAGUCUUUGGAGUGAUCAUAUAUCGAAUCACAGUGGCAUCAGCCUUGGCGUUUAGUUCACAUGAAGGAACUAGGUCAAAUGUCCGCGUGACUGUGACAGCGACUGCUGUUAUCAUUAAUCUAGUUGUAAUACUUAUACUGGAUGAGAUUUACGGAGUUGUCGCUAAAUGGCUGACAGAGCUAGAGGUACCAAAAACUGAGAAAACGUUUGAAGAAAGAUUGAUACUAAAAGCGUUCCUUCUGAAGUUUGUCAAUUCGUAUGCCUCAAUUUUUUACGUUGCCUUUUUUAAGGGAAGGUUUGUGGGGCGACCUGGGAGUUAUGCUUAUAUCUUCAAUGAUUAUAGAGUAGAAGAGUGUGCUCCAGGAGGCUGUUUAAUGGAGUUAUGCAUUCAACUUAGUAUAAUAAUGCUUGGAAAGCAGUUGAUACAGAACAACUUGUUUGAAAUUGGAAUACCGAAACUAAAGAAGCUUUUCAGAAAACUAAAAGAUGAAAGAACAGAGCCUGGGGAAAAUAAUUUGAGCAAUUCAAGAGAACCUCGGCAAUGGGAGAUUGACUAUGCCCUGGAGCCUUUCACUGGGUUGACACCAGAGUAUAUGGAAAUGAUUAUCCAGUUUGGAUUUGUUACGCUCUUUGUGGCAUCCUUUCCUCUGGCUCCUCUUUUUGCUCUACUCAACAACAUAAUAGAAGUAAGAUUAGAUGCAAAAAAAUUUGUUGCAGAGCUUAGAAGACCAGAUGCGGUUCGUGCUAAGGAUAUAGGAAUCUGGUACAAUAUUUUGAGUGGUAUUGGCAAAUUUUCAGUAAUUAUAAAUGCAUUUGUUAUAUCUGUCACAUCAGACUUCAUUCCACGCCUUGUGUAUCAGUAUAUGUAUAGCACAAAUGGGACCAUGCAUGGCUUUAUCAAUCACACCCUUUCAUAUUUCAAUGUCAGUCAUCUUAAAGCUGGGACCCAGCCAGAGAACUCGCAGUUUGAACAAGAUGUUGAAGUCUGCAGGUACAAGGAUUACAGAGAGCCUCCAUGGUCCCAAAAUCAAUAUGAUUUUUCCAAACAGUACUGGACAGUUUUAGCUGUGCGUCUAGCAUUUGUCAUCCUUUUUCAGAAUCUCGUAAUGUUCCUAAGUGCAGUAGUCGAUUGGCUAAUACCUGACAUUCCUAAAGAUAUAAGUGAACAAAUCAAAAAAGAGAAAACUUUGCUCGUUAAUGUCUUUCUUAAAGAAGAACAUGAAAAGCUGCAACUUAUACAAAGCUUCAUAAUGCAUGACAAACAACGAAGCAAAACAGAAAACAGAGGCAGAAGAAGCCGCGCAGCAAGCUUCUGCCAGUUCAAUCGUAGUCAGCGCGGUAGCUUUGCAUCGCUUGGCUCCCACCACACUGAAGUGUGAUACCGUGACAUAUACAUUCAAGAAAUAUGUAUGAUUAAAGCUUAUUAUUUUGAAACUGGAGACGGAAAGACUUAAGGAAAGUCGGAGUGGAAGAGGAAGAAAAACCCUUAAUUUUCUCGAAAUGUCAACCAUUCGUGUCUCCAAAUGUUUUUAAUCAAGCGUUAUAACAUUUAAGAGCAGUCUGAUGGAAAAGACUGCACAGAAGAUUUUUGUGUAAUGUCUUCUGCUGUUCGUAUAAUUGUUUGAAUAGCACAAACAUGCAGUACACGUGGUAGGAAGCAGUGUAACACCACAAACGUUUAAACAUAAUGAAUAAAGUCAAUAGUGCUAGCCAAGCUCAUUUUUUUUAAUGAGCAAACUUCUUGUGUGACGGCAUUUCCCAAAAAAUGCACAUAAAUGAGAAUUUGCUGCUGUGCUUUUAUAAUAAGGUGAUAUAAGCAUAACUAUAUAUAAUGAAAAAUGACUCUCAAAUUAAAUAGAUGGCAUCACAUUGCACUUAAAGCAUAUUUUUAUGUAACAAUACAAAUAUUUCUAAAUAUAUCUUAAAAAAGGCUGCUGAAUUCAUCUUAAAAAGGGAAUCUCUAUAUAUACAUAAGUAUAAUGCUACUAUAUAAUUCAGAUCACUCAGAAAGUGUGUUCCCAGAAUUUUUACUUGGGUGCUGUUGAAAAUUUUUGUGAAUGUAUUGUAGGAAAAUCAAAACCUCAGGGCUAAUUUUUUUACUGUCUGUUUAAGGAAAUAAGACAUAUCAGAGAUAAUUUUGAUAUAAAAAACCCCACAAUGUAACCCAUAAUAUCCAACAGCAAAUUUAAUAAAUUACAGGGAUUAUUGAAAGACUGUUUGGGAAGAUCUGAUAAUAAACUAUUUUUUUCUUGA